CGGGAGGGGAAGGUUGUGCGCACUAUCGGCGCGGCAGGGAGGGAUGAGCACGAGUACGCCGCAGCCGAACAAAGGAAAGCAGCGCAGAGCCCUGUCGAGGGCUGACUCGUGAGAACGCAGAGAUUCACAGCCGACCCCGUUCACCUCCCGCCGCCACGCUGCAGCCGAGCAACUCCACCCGUAUCGAGCAAGAAGAUCUCGAUAUGGAUCAGGACAUAAACUUCGCGGCACAAUGCCUAAUAGCUAUGUCUAAUUCUAAAUUCAACGGUAACGGAGGUAACUGGAAUGCCUCGUCAGUGCCUCUGGACUUGUCUCCACAUCGUGGAGCUGCCGUCAUUGUGGACAAGGUACCCGGUUCUGGACUGUGGGAACCGGAGGCGGCUGUCGCAACGGCUGGGGCUGCGUCGCCUAGCUCGGCGGGGUCCGCCCCCGAGUUGUAUAUGGUAGCGCGGAUUCUGACGGAUUUAACAAGUAUCAAACAGGAACCUGUGCCCAACGUUCCCAGUGACGAUGACGGGGGUAGCAGCGCAGCCGACGAAUUGAUGAUCGAUGAAGAAGAGGAGGAAGUUGUGUGCGAGGUGGAUAUGAACGAUGCCGCGUCAUCUUCGUCGUCUGUGCGCACAAAGCGUCCGGCCGGUAACGGCGGUAGUGGCCGGCAGGGGGCGGGUCGCAAAGCCCCCAGCAGCGGCGGCGGUAGCAGGCCCAGCAGCCGGGCCGCCAACACCGCAGCUGCCCUCGCCCGGAAGGUCCACAGAUGCGACUUCGACGGCUGCGACAAAGUAUACGGAAAGAGUUCGCAUCUGAAGGCCCAUCUUCGAACACAUACAGGGGAGCGACCAUUCCCGUGCACGUGGUCUGGCUGCGGCAAGAGGUUCGCCCGCUCGGACGAGCUGGCACGCCACACGCGCACCCACACCGGUGAGAAGAACUUCUGCUGCCCCGUCUGUGAUAAGAAGUUCAUGCGCAGCGAUCACCUCAGCAAACAUGCCCGCAGGCAUCCAAAUUUCGACCCGUCAGUCCUGCGACAGCGAAGACCACCUCAUAAGGCGUGCUCCAUAAAUUCCAGUGAGGGUACACCAUCUGAGGUGCUGUCCGAUUCGGUGCCAUCGCCCUAGCACCCUCAAUAUGCUGCCACCGCCGCAAACCAUCUCUGAAGCAUUUUAUUGUUAUGUGGUGGUUGCAGUUUGCAGUGACCGAAAUGUAACUGGAAAUGUAGAUUUAGUGUCCUUAAAGAACCAUAAUAACUAUUAUUUUUAGAACUGUUACCCUCAUUAUUUUUUAUCGUCUCUUCCACUAUCGCAAUGUAGUGGACUCUACUAAGUCUUUCUAUAAAAAGCAAUUAAGAGAACGCCAUGAAAGGAUGCUGUUGAUAGCUGGCUGGCUGUUACAAUCUGACAGUUAUGUGCUCUUCCCAUUUAAUUCAUUUCUAACCUCACGGCACAUACUUGUGACAUGUCACUUGUUAUUAAAGAAAUUGUUCAUGUAUGGAGGUAAUGCAUGAAAUGUCCUGUCAGCUGCCAGUAUAUCACAGUUACUCUUUCAAACAUUUUGACUGGGAGCUUGUUUGCACGAUUCGGUCACUGUGUAUAUUAUUGUGUAUAAACUUGAAAACUUAGGCCUUAUUACCUUUUUAUACUAAUGUAAUUAAACAUGUGAUUUUUCUUAUGAUGGUGUAUGAGGACUCAAAGUAAUUUGGUUGGUGUGUACGAAAUUGUAAUGUGGUUUCAUAGGCCUGGAUGUGAAUUUCAGCAGUCUUGUACAUGUAGCCACGAUUAAAUUGGAGGCAAUGUUUGGAUG